ACAAGCAAAUCCAUCCCAUUACAACUAAACUCUUCUGUUUUCUCCAACAUUCAUUCAUGAAAUCCAGUUUUCCAAUGGAUAAUAAACGUUCGUCUGCAAAACCACUUCUGUUUUGUCUCAUCAUGUCCUGUCUCCUUGUUGGGUCAUGGGCUCAAAUCUCUAACAAAAUUGGCAUAAACUAUGGCCGAUUUGGGAACAAUUUACCAUCUCCAUAUCGUUCAAUCGAGAUCAUCAAAUCCAUGAAAGCAGGGCGGGUGAAACUCUAUGAUUCUGACCAUGAGGUACUCAAACUUCUUUCAGGGACAAAGCUAGAGGUUUCCAUUAUGAUCCCCAACAGCGACAUUAUCAACCUUGGUCUGGAACAGACAUCAGCGGACCAGUGGGUUGAAGACAAUGUUGUGCCUUACUACCCGGCCACCAUGAUUCGAUUCAUCCUGGUAGGAAACCGAGUCCUGAGUCACUACUCAGAUCAUGACAGGGAAAUCUGGCGUCAUCUCGUUCCUGCAAUGCGCAGAGUCAAGGCUGCUCUGAGAGCACGAUACAUGAGAAACAUCAAGGUCAGUACCUCAUUAGCCAUGGACAUUCUGCAAUCAACUUUCCCGCCAUCUAAUGGAACUUUCCGGUCUGAUGUUUCUGCCAAUGUUGUCGCACCAUUGAUGCAUUUCCUCAAUUCAACCAACUCGUAUUUGUUCCUUAAUGUUUAUCCUUACUUCCCCUGGUCGACGAACCCGAAAGACAUCAGCUUGGAUUCGGCUCUUUUUGAGGGAAAUGUUAGCUACAAAGACCCUGGAAGUGGCUUGGUAUACAAUAAUCUCCUAGACCAAAUGCUUGACUCGAUAAAUUUCGCCAUGGAAAAACUAGGAUACCCAAAUGUCCCGUUGGUGAUAUCUGAAACAGGGUGGCCAAAUUCCGGUGAUUUAGAUCAAAUUGGAGCAAACGUCCACAACGCAGCUACCUACAACCGAAAUCUAAUCGGCAGAAUGACUGCAAACCCGCCACUGGGGACGCCGGCCAGGCCUGGUGUGGUCAUCCCAACGUUUAUUUACUCUCUGUUCGACGAGAACCAAAAGGCGGGUAUUGGAACAGAGAGGCAUUGGGGGUUGCUGAGGCAGGACGGGACAUCUAUUUAUGACAUUGACUUGAGCGGGGAGCGGCAGGAAUCUGAUUACAGGCCGCUGCCAGUGACGCAGAAUAACGAACCUUACAGGGGCAAAAUAUGGUGCGUUGCGGCAGCAGAGGCCAAUCUGACAGAGCUGGGUUCGGCGCUGAACUUUGCUUGUAACCAGGGGAACGGGACAUGUGCGGCGCUGGCGCCAAGUAGGGAGUGUUACCAGCCGGUGUCGUUGGUCCGGCACGCGAGCUAUGCAUUCAGCUCGUACUGGGUGCAGUUCAGGAGCCUGGGCGCGUCCUGCUAUUUCAACGGCUUAGCCGUACAGACCACAACUGACCCUGGUAAUUUGUUUUAAAUCGUGUGGGUGCAGUUCAUGCUGCUUAAUUUAAAUUGUUAGAUAGACUAAACAUCUCAACAUUAAAAUUAAGUUUCAAAUUUUAGGCCUUAACUUCCUUCAAUGCAAUAAAUCCUUAAGAUUACU